AUGAAGCUCUCCUGUGAGGCUAUCUUCGGUGGACUCACUCCUAAAGUUACUGCUUCGUUCUCCUACAGGGACUGCGUUCCUUUCCAAAAGCAUCUUCUCAAUUUGGAAACCUUUUCUUCUGUCUCUUUCCGCCAUAGAAAAUGGUUUGUGCUCAUUUCACAGCCCAGCUUGGUGAAGAAGACGAAAGACAAUUUUGGCAGAACUGGUUGUUCCACUUCUAGCCAAUGCAAUGCUUCUGUAGCUUUUGAGGGUGAUUUCGUGGUGGUCAAUUUUUACCAUUUCGUGUUUAUCGAUGACCCGGAAGCAGAAGUCGCCAAGCACCUGGCGUUCAUGGAGGGUCUUGACAUAAAUGGCAGAAUUUACAUAAAUGAGCAAGGUAUAAAUGCGCAGUAUAGUGGACCAUCAAAGAAUGCUCUGGCAUAUGUUGAAUGGUUAAGGCAAGAUGACAGAUUUUCUGAUAUCCUGGUUCAGAUUUCUCCAUCACUAAAAGGGCAUGCCUUCCCGAGAUUGAAGUUGCGGUAUAAGCCCUCACUUGUACAGUUGGAAGGUGGCAUAUCACUUCUUCCUCUUCUUGAUUCUUCAAUGCGAGCAACACCUUUAGCCCCAUCAGAAUGGAGAAAUAGAUUGGAAGCAAUGAAUAGGACUGGUCUUGCUUCAAAAGAGUGUCCUGACACCAAUUACAUUCUAUUGGAUGUGAGAAAUGGUUAUGAGUGGGAUAUUGGACAUUUUCGUGGUGCUGUGCGCCCUAAUGUAGACUGCUUUAGAAGCACUUCAUUUGGCUGGUCCCAGGAAGAGGUGGCUGCCUCAGAUCCUUUAGCAAAUGUAGAUAAAGAAAAAACGAAUAUAUUGAUGUACUGCACUGGAGGGAUUCGUUGUGAUGUAUAUUCCACAAUACUGAGAAAGAAGGGCUUUCGGAAUCUGUACACCUUGCAGGGAGGUGUUUCUAACUAUCUAAAGAAUGAAGGUCCUACGGAAUGGGUAGGAAAUCUAUUUGUGUUCGACUCUCGUCUGUCUCUGCCUCCUUCUUCAUACCAUCCUGGAGCCACAACUGAAACAGGCAGCACUCAAGUCUCUGCAAAUGAUCAGUUUGCGAAAUGCUACAUAUGUGGUUCUCAAGUCAGUGAAUUGAGGCAUAGGAACUGUGCAAAUCUUGACUGCAAUUUGCUUUUCCUAUGCUGCAGAAAAUGUGUAAAAGAUGCAAGGGGAUGCUGUUGUUGGAGUUGCACAACUGCUCCUAGACUUAGGCCUGUCUUAGAUGGAGAUCAGAGAUACCAAAAAUGGCACAUCUAUCGCGAUAUUGAUGAGCAGAGCACCGUAACAACUUGAGCAUGAAUAUAUGGACCUUCCAUACAUCAGUAUCUUAUGUUAGCACUGUCAUUAAACUUCGAUUUAUUUUCAUUAUGUGGAUAUUGCAAGAGUGCUUUGGAAGAAAAUGGAAUGGAAUUUUACUGUAGUGCGAAUAGAUGCAAGGUUUAAUUUUUGAAAAAAGAAAAUUUAUAUUUCACA